UGAAAAUGCAAUUGUUUCAUAGAACUAAUACAUUCCAUUCGACGCGACACAUCAGAUUAUUUAUUACGAGUAUCAAAAGAGCUACUGUUUGCUUUUGGUACUUAAAACAGAGAUAAUUGUCCUAAAUAAACUUUGUGCAAAGUUGUCCUCUGGACCUUGGGUAGAAUGUCUAGCAAUAGCCUUCGUCACUUGACUCGUCUCGUGAUCUGGCCAUCAUUGAUUGUCGGCUUUCAGUGGCAGUACACGCCGCAAAAAAAAAAUUGCCCAAAUUAUUUUGUGGAAGAGACAAAAUCGGUUGCCCGGAGGAACAUGUCGUCGUCAACGAUGUUCAAACUCUUUCUGCUUUCUGCAGUUUUGAGUUUUUAUCUUUCCAGUGGUCAAAAGGUCAACCCCCUACCGUGCAAGGGCGUAACGCAAGAUGCUACCGUGAGUGAAGUCGAUAUCAUGCCCUGUCCGAAGUUCCCUUGCCAGUUCAAGAGGGGAACCAAUGUUAGCGUAGCAAUAACCUUCACUUUGAACGCGGGAGCCACCACCGCAUCUAAAGCCACGACCGUGGUCCACGGUAUCAUCGGUAAAGUGGAUAGGCCCUAUCCCACGGCGUUCACCGACGCCUGCAAAACCACCGGUAUCCACUGCCCGCUGGCACCUGGGGUCAAGAACGUGUACAAGGCGCAGCUGUUUGUGAAACCUGAGUACCCGCCGGUCAAUCUGUACGUGAAAUGGGAGCUUCAGGACCAAACGAUGGCGGACAUCUUUUGUUUCGAGAUACCUGCUAUGGUCGUCUAAAUGCUGCUUACGCUUAGAGAUGACGAAAUCAGAAUUUAAUCCUAGCAUUCCAUGCGAUCGUGUAAAUUUUGCAGGCUAAUUUUUCCUACCUUAAUUACAACCCAUUCAACAAAAGGUGUGAAACAAACGUUUUUUGUGACACCUUGUGACAUUAGAUCCCUUAAACUAAUACACUUCACCCAAGACUAGUUGGCACCUGCAGUCUCCUGAUGAAGUGAGGAGACUGCAGGUCAAAGACAAACAAAAAGUAAUGUCUUUGUUAAUAAAUUUGGUAAAUUUUGGGAAAUUUAUUUGUACUAAACACUCCAUAGUUCGAGCGCGCAUGACUCUUUUGUCUCAAGCCAAUAGUAACAUGUUCGAUGGAUUUAUUGGAAAAUGGUGUCAGUUUUCUCUUUGUGUUUCUAAUUACAAGGAUCCUUUACUUAAUCUACGCAUGGCAACAUAGGCCUUCACAUUACACUGUGUAUCCUGAAAAAAAAUCUUGCUGCUUUUUAAAAUCAAAAGUUGUGUAUCCUAUCCUGAAAGAAAAUCUUGCUGCUUUUUAAAAUCAAAAGUCACCAUUUAUCGAACUGAAAAUAUACUGAGCAAUUAAUACACUUAGAUUACUUAUACUACUGAAAGUGAACAUCUGAAAUUAUUCGCGUUUAUGACGUGCUUUGGGAAGAUAGUAAUUUGUGCCGCAUCAUCCAUUUUCAAUCCAUUAACAAGAGAAAAUAGUCGUGAAAAUAUUAUUCUUUAUAAUUGGUCAAUUAUUAAUAAAGAAUAACAAGCACCUCAGUCGA